AUGACCGAUCGGGCACAAGACGCGUCGACCACCGCAGACAAGGAUUCUGCUCCCAAAGCUGUCAUCAAGAACGUAGACAUCUCUCUAGAAAAAUUUAAUAUCGAGAAGGAUAUUGCCGCCCAUAUUAAACGCGAGUUUGACCGCCGCUAUGGGACAACCUGGCAUGUUGUUGUGGGAAAGAACUUUGGGAGCUACGUCACUCACGAAACUAAGCACUUCAUAUACUUUUACAUCGGUUCCCUUGCAUUCCUUAUCUGGAAGUCAUAG